AUGUCUCUCAAGCCGAUCAUCCUCCACGGCCACCAAGGCGGCCCCAAUCCCUGGAAGGUGGCUAUGAUCCUGGAAGAGCUUGAGAUCCCCUUCGAGCACAAAUAUGUGCCGUUCGAUACCAUCAAGAAGGAGCCCUUCAUCUCCAUCAACCCCAAUGGCCGUGUUCCCGCCAUUGAAGACCCCAACACCGGAAUCACUCUGUGGGAGUCUGGUGCCAUCAUCGAAUAUCUCGUCGAGACCUACGACAAAGACAACAAGAUCAGCCCCAAGGCCGGCACCCCGGGCUACUUCCAUGCCAAGCAAUGGCUCCAUUUCCAGAUGUCCGGACAAGGGCCGUACUUCGGUCAAUUCAUCUGGUUCACCCGUUACCACCCCGAGAAGAUCACCAGUGCUCAAGAGCGCUACUUGAACGAGAUCCGCCGCGUGACGGGCGUGCUGGACAAGGUCCUCGAAGGCCGGGAGUACCUGGUCGAUGGAAAGUACAGCUACGCAGACGCUGCGUUUGUGCAGUGGUACCAGAUUGUUCCCAUGGCUACUGGCGAUGCCAUUGAUUUGGAGAAGGACUUCCCCAACGUCAACGCUUGGCUGCAGAGACUGCAGGCGAGACCUGCGAUCGCGAAGUGCCUGAAGACGUACAGGGAGAAUCUCACUGCUAAAUAG